UGAUUUGAUGAUUCGUAAUUUUCUGACAUAACGGUUCGAACUCAAUUUUUUGUGAGGAGACACCCUAAUUUGCAAAUUUCCCAUGCUGCGCGAUUAUGGGAUUUUGAAAUGAUUCCCAUGUCAUUCUAGUUCGAUCACGUCAACUCUCUAUUUUCACUUUUCCCUUUGAUCGCCUUACUGUACCCUUCCCAUUUGUCUCUCUCUCGCUCCCUUGCGUAUCACCGUCACCUCCUCUCCCUACUGUAUAGGCAGUGCCCCUCCAUCUCCGACGUCAUUGGAUUCUAGAACGUUUUCCAAUUUUAUUGAUUUUGUGUUCUUUUCCCCUUUGAACCCGAUAUUCUUUUCGUCUCUGUGAAGUGACCGGCCCGUCAUGUUUCGGCAGUCGAUUCGGCGUUUUGCUACCACUGCAUAUCGGAACGCCUCUGAAUCGCUCAAUCCGUCCCUAGCUCAGCUGGAGAGCUACAAUCCCUAUGGCCGACAAGUCUCCAAAGCACAAGGAGUGGUCAAGGGCCUGGUCGGAGCUAUCGGAAACACUCCUCUGAUUCGUCUCAACCGUCUUUCGGCAGAAACCGGCUGCGAGGUGCUCGGAAAGGCCGAAUUCCAAAACCCAGGAGGCAGUGUCAAGGACCGAGCUGCUCUGUAUGUUGUCAAGGAUGCAGAGGAGCGUGGCUUGCUCCGGCCUGGUGGUACAGUCGUGGAGGGCACUGCGGGCAACACUGGCAUUGGUCUAGCGCACGUCUGUCGAUCGCGUGGCUACAAGCUGGUCAUCUACAUGCCCAACACGCAAUCCCAGGGCAAGAUUGAUCUGCUACGUCUCCUGGGCGCCGAGGUCUACCCAGUCCCGGCCGUGGCUUUUGACAACCCUGCCAACUAUAAUCAUCAGGCGCGACGACAUGCUGAGGCGUUGGACAAUGCUGUGUGGACGAACCAAUUUGACAAUGUGGCUAACCGUCGAGCCCACAUUGAGACGACAGGUCCUGAAAUCUGGGAACAGACUCAGGGCAAAAUUGAUGCCUUUACCUGCGCCACUGGCACCGCUGGUACGCUGGCAGGUGUCACGCGGUACCUGAAGACCGUGAGCGAGGGACGCGUCAAGUCCUUCCUCGCUGAUCCCCCCGGAUCUGUCCUGCACUCGUACAUAACCAGCGGCGGCAAGCUCACCGAGCGCACCGGCUCAUCUAUCACCGAGGGUAUUGGCCAGGGCCGUGUCACUGACAACCUGAAGCCUGACAUUGACCUCCUCGACGGCGCUGUCCACAUCCCCGAUGAGAAGACCAUUGAGAUGGUGUACCGCUGCCUUGACGAGGAGGGUCUCUAUCUCGGUGCCAGCUCCUGUCUCAACGUCGUUGCUGCCAAGGAGGUUGCGGAGAAGCUUGGCAAGGGCCACACUGUCGUUACCAUGCUCUGCGAUGGCGCCUACCGAUACGCAGACCGCCUCUUUUCCCGCAAAUGGCUGACAGAGAAGAAGUUGAUUGGCGCCAUCCCCGAGCACCUCGAAAAAUAUAUUGUAUUGCCUUGAAGACCAAAUCUGUAUUAUACUAACCUUUCGCACCUCUUGUACCACCCUUAGCGCCUUCCAUUCAACUUUUAGAUAGUCCAUCGACCAAAAUUAGCACAAUAGAAGCAUACUACAACCAUUGAAAGACCGAC